AUGAGGCGUGACGCUGUUAGGAGGUUUGCCAUCGAGUCUGGCAAAUUCCCUCCCAGAAUGGUGUUGGUCAAGGCGUGCAGGUGGGUGCGGACCAGUGCAUUGGUGAUCGCCGCGUCGCGCAGAUGUUCAAAUGUCAUCCCCGACGGCCCGGCCCCAACUCCAUUUUCGCAUCUGCCCAACAUUUUGGCGAAGUCUGCGAGGGGGAUUGAAAGUGUUGACCCCUGUGGCGUGGGCCAUGUCACCUCCUCGUGUUCAGCGGCAGUCGCUGCAAAGACUCCUCCCCACGCACCCGCGGAUCCCCUUGCCGCGUCGGAGGCUGAUCCAUCUGUCCCCGCUGCUAUUCCGUCAGCUCCGCCUGCGGCUCCUGGCCCCUCGGCUCCCCUUGUCGAGCUGUCGGCGUUUGCCCCUGUUGGGGGUGUUGCUGACCCCCCUGCGCCUGUCCUUGGCGCCCCUGUUGCACCAUCCGCUUCUGUCCCCGACGUGCCUGCUCCGGCCUCUACUUCGUCACCGAAGGAGGCGUCCGCCACCACUGGCGGACCGGCUCCGUUGGUUGCGCCCUCGGCAGUGGGUCAGUCCGCACUUGAUGUGACGCCGAUGGCCCCGGCGGGUCAACCGUCACGCCCGCCGUCACCUGACCGUCGCUUGUCGCGCCCACAUUCCCCCGCUCCCCUACAGGAGCGCAAGUCGUCUCGUCGCCGGCGUGAGUCUCCGCGGCGUUAUCAGCAACAGUCGCACUGGCCUGCUCACCCCGGAGGUCAGGGGGAUUGGAGGGGUUCCUGUGCUCGUGGCGGGGGUGGUGGAUACCGCCCGCCCGUGACGAUGGUGGAUCUUCAGUGGGAAGUGUCGAGGGUGGUUCGUGAGGAGAGGGCGGAGCAGAGCCAGAGCAGUUCGAUGCGCGCCUCGCCAGCCCACGAGGCCCCUCGUCCAGCUGCGCUCCCCGCGAACCCGCAGACUGUCGCUGCGCCUCCCCCUCAGAUCCAUGUGCCGCCAGCUCCUUCUCCCGCUGUCUCGGCACCUGCUCCCGGCUCUCGUCUCCAUCUGCUGCCGGUUCCGCCCGAUGCGGGAGUGGAGUUUGUGGACGCGGGUGGUGGCGCGGCGGCAGCUCCGUAUGCUCUCCAACGUGACACUUGUCUGGACGCAGCGGACCAGCUCGCAGUGCUGCUGGCGCCCGUGCUGGCUGCGCCCGCGGAGGGUGGCGCUGCUGCUGCGGGACAGCUUGACGAGGCUGUCCGGGGCUUGAGGUGGCACUUGCGCGCAGGAUCUGGAGCCGCGGCGAUCGGCACAAGCACGCUUGUGGUCCGGGAGCUGUGGCGCUCCCUGACGGGCGUUCUUCACGCCCUUGGAGCUCACCGCAUGUAG